UUGGAAUCCAAUUGUUGACUCCUUCCAAGUUUCGUUCAAUCACGACUCUCCUUCUCUUCUCUAUAUGGCCAAAUCCCAAUCCCUUCUCCCCAAUUCCCACCGCCAAUGGCCGCCGACACCUCCGCCCUGCCUCACGACGGCCUCAAAUUCUGGCAAUUCAUGAUCGCCGGCUCCGUCGCCGGCAUGGCGGAGCACAUGGCCAUGUUCCCCGUCGACACCAUCAAAACGCAGAUGCAAGCCCUAAGUUCCUGCCCGCUCAAUUCCGCCACCGUCAAUCAAGCCAUCCGAUCCAUCCUCAAAUCCGAAGGCGCCACCGGCUUCUACCGCGGCAUCGCCGCCAUGGGGAUCGGCGCCGGCCCCGCCCAUGCCGUCUACGACUACGAGGCGUGCAAGUGGAGCUUCUCCGGCGGAAACCCUAGCAGCCACGCCGCGGCGGGGGUGUGCGCCACCGUGGCCAGCGAUGGAUAUGGUGAAGCAGCGCCUCCAGCUGAGGGGAUUGGGGCUUUUUUCGUCUCUUAUAGAACUACUGUGGUGAUGAAUGCGCCCUUCACGGCGGUGCAUUUUGCGACGUACGAGGCGGCCAAGAGAGGGUUGAUGAAUGUGUCGCCGGAGAGCGCCGGGGAGGAGAAGUUUGUGGUUCAUGCUACGGCGGGGGCUCUGGCUGCUGCCGUGACGACGCCGUUAGAUGUGGUCAAGACUCAAUUGCAAUGCCAGGGGCCAGGGGGUAUGCGGGUGUGAUAGAUUCGAGAGUGGUUCGAUACAAGAUGUUUGUGGAACAAUAGUAAAGAAGGAUGGGUACGUGGGCCUCAUGAGGGGA